CCAUGGCCAACGCGGGGUUGCAGUUGCUGGGCUUCAUCCUGGCCUUCCUGGGCUGGAUUGGCGCCAUCGUUAGCACCGCGCUGCCUCAGUGGAAGAUUUACUCCUACGCUGGCGACAAUAUCGUGACCGCUCAAGCCAUUUACGAGGGGCUGUGGAUGUCCUGCGUGUCGCAGAGUACUGGGCAGAUCCAGUGCAAAGUCUUUGACUCCUUGCUGAACCUGCAUAGUACUUUGCAAGCAACCCGGGCCUUAAUGGUGAUUGGCAUCCUGCUGGGACUGAUAGCAAUCUUUGUGGCCACCAUGGGCAUGAAAUGUAUGAAGUGCAUGGAAGAUGAUGAGAUACAAAAAAUGAGGAUGGCUGUCAUUGGGGGUGUGAUAUUUCUUAUUUCAGGUCUGGCAAUUUUAGUUGCUACAGCAUGGUAUGGAAAUAGAAUUGUUCAAGAGUUCUACAACCCAGCAACCCCAGUCAAUGCCAGGUAUGAAUUUGGUCAGGCUCUCUUCACUGGCUGGGCGGCAGCUUCUCUCUGCCUUCUAGGAGGUGCCUUACUCUGCUGCUCCUGUCCCCGAAAAACAACCUCCUACCCAACACCACGUCCUUAUCCAAAACCUACACCGUCCAGUGGGAAAGACUAUGUGUGA